UCCAGACGUGUUACUCCAGCAAUUCGUUAACUCUGUCUUUGUUUGUUCAAGUAGAGUACUUUCAACAGCGCUUGCUGAGGAGUGAAAGGCGUGCCCUUUUGAUGCCCUCACAAUUAGCCUUAUUUGGCGGACACGAAGGGUUAAACAUCGAAUCGAAUCGAGUCGAAUCAUUCGAUUCAAUUCGAUACAAUGGACAAAUCCUUCGAAAAUCGAAGAAAAGAACCAAACACCAAACCACCAAACCACAACGAAGAGACACAGGAAGCAUCUUAGCAACCCUUGACGACACUUCAACCCGAGAGAACGAUUGUAAACCAUGGGAAAGGCAGAGAAAGGCACACCGAAAGACAUUGCGAAGCGCAUCAAGUCAAAGGGGCUUCAAAAGCUCAAGUUCUAUUGCCAGAUGUGUGAGAAGCAAUGUCGCGACGCCAAUGGCUUCAAGUGUCAUAUGACAUCAGAGGCUCACUUGCGACAAAUGAAAAUAUUUUCAGAGAAUGCCAAAGGAAUCAUGGACAGAUACUCGCGCGAAUUCGAGUCCUCUUACCUUCAAACUCUUCGACAACGUCACACGACGAAACGAGUCAAUGCCAAUAACGUGUAUCAAGAAGUCAUUCAAGACAAGCAGCACAUUCACAUGAAUUCCACUCGCUGGGCCUCAUUGAGUGACUUUGUCAUGUACCUUGGAAAAAAGGGAAAAUGUGUAGUGGACGAAACCGAGCGGGGGUGGUAUGUCCAGUACAUUGAGGUCGAUGCUGGUAUCUUGGCACGCCAAGCGGCACAAGAACGACGUGUCGAGGCGGAAAAGGCUGCCGAGAUUGCACAAGCCGAACGCAUGGAAAAGCAACGCAUCGAAGCUGCCAAGGCGUUUGAUCUGGUAGGAGGGACCGUACACAGAGAAGCCACCAAGUUGGAACGGGAUGAAUCCACGGCGGCAGUCAAGGUUUCUCUCUCGAGUAAGGACAAGAAAAAAACAACCAACAAAACGAGUUCCAAGCUCGGAUUCUUUGCAGAUGAGGAUGAUGAAGCCAGUGAUGACGAAGACGCACCAAAAUCAGACGCCAUAGUGCUUCCCGAAACGACACCCAAUCCGUCUGCAACAACCAGACAUAUUAAACGAAGUGUACCCCAAUCAGCAAGCGAUAAAGAUUGUGAGCGGGAAUCUUCCAAACGACCUAGGAAAGCGGAAGAGAAAAUGGCCAAUGAUCAAGACACUGCCAAACCCAAAAGCGACAAAUCUACAAGAGACGAAGACGAAAAGCCAUGGUUGAAACGGGACAUUAUAGUACGAGUCGUGACCAAAAAGCUACACGACGGAAAGUACUUUCGACGCAAAGGUAUUGUGGAUCGGGUACUGAAAGACAACAAAUUCUGUGCCGAAGUCGAACUGCUGGAUUCCAGUCCGGACCAACGCGAUGGUGGGGAUAUCCUUCGCUUGGACCAGAACGAUUUGGAAACGGUAGUGCCAAAAGAAGGCAAAAAGGUUCGAAUACUAAAGGGAGAGUUCCGCGGAGAAAAGGCCAAGUUGAUCUCGGCCGACAAGAAAAAGUACCGAGCCACCCUGAAAUUGUUGGAUGAUGGGACGGUUUUGGAAAAGAUUGAUUUUGAAGAUUUCUCGCAGUUGGCAUGAACAGAAAGCAAUUCAACUCAUUAGGUCCUUGUUGGAUUGUGUCUUGAACGAAGCCAUUACUUUGGGUUGCAAUAGUUGUAUCAUGGCAUUUCUGUCUGGAAUAUCAUGGCAUUUCUGUCUGGAAUA